AGGCUAUCGGGUUUAUCGGGUGUUGUCAACAUAUACAAUAUGGCGGAACAUAUGAAAGCGUCUAACAACUCGACCCGAGAUUUGCAGCUUAUUCCUGACGGUAUAACAUUCGGAUUUGUAGAAGAUUCCAUCAAAUCGACAUCUUCAAGCCUGGGACAGAAAGAAAUAAACAAAGGCUACAAGUAUUUCAGUGAGAAAUACAUUUCUGAUAUAAAAGUGUACCCAACAGACCUUGGCUGCUUGAUACGAGCUAAAUCCUAUCGCUCACAAAGGAAAAAUGAAGCACCACAUGAUGUAGAGGUUGUAAUCAGGAAUGGUCCAUCAUAUGACAGCAAAGCCAGCAACUGUUCUUGUGCCAUUGGAUCUGGAGGAUGUUGUGGACAUAUUGCUGGUCUGCUAUAUUCGAUAGCCCACAUGAAGACAACUGGAAUGUCAGCUAUUCCAUGUGAUGUGGCCAAAACAUCCCUUCCACAAACAUGGCACAUUCCAAGAGGUGAGAGGAUUGCUGGGUCAGUGUCCGAUGAUGUCACAGUCCAAGGAUAUGACACAAAAUUUCCACAAAGACAGACCAGAGGACUAAGAUCUACUCUGUACAACCCAAUUCCAUCUAGUGCAGAGAAACUUGAUGUUUAUAAAUUGUGUGAGAACUUAAGUGUAGUGGACAAGACAUGUUUAUUUCUCUCUAAUGUCUCCUUAAGUGCCCAAAAUAAGGAUGUGGAUACAAGAUUUGGCAAAUUCCCUAAAGGCUCUCCACUCGCCACACAACAAAAACUUCACAGUGACUAUGUAUUGAGUAUUUUGGAUGCAGGGGAUUUUCCAAAUAUACCCAUGAAAAAUCACAUGGAUAACGAACUUCAGGUAGUCCUCAACUACAACAAGAGCAUCCAAUUCCAAUCAUUAACUUUAUCAGAGAAUGAAUGCUUCGAAAUAGAAAAAAGUACCCGUCUUCAAUCCCAGGAUCCAAAGUGGCACAGGAUUCGAAAGGAUAGAAUCACUGCAUCAGUAGCAGGGGACAUCAUAAAAAGAAGGAAAGAGUAUGGUCCACUAGUUGAAAGACUACAGUCAACUAGAAAGGUUGUGACCUCUAGCAUGCGACAUGGGAUAGCCUGUGAGCCUCUUGCAGCAAAUGCCUAUGUUGAGAAAAUGAACAAUGACCUCAACAUCUACCCUUGUGGAUUAGUGGUGAAUCCUUGGUCCCCAUGGUUAGCUGCUACUCCAGACCGCAAGGUGUAUUGCCCAACACUGAACCCCAAAUAUGGACUCCUGGAGAUCAAAUGUCCAGUAAAUCCUUUGUCAGAAUGCCAGUACCUCACCAAGGAUGAAAAUGGAUACAAACUCAAGGAGAACCAUGCCUAUUUCUUUCAAGUCAUGAUGCAAAUGGCAGUGACAGGAAUGGAAUGGUGUCAUUUCUUUGUGUGGACCUCAGAGGAGAGCCAUUUGGAAUUGAUUUGUUUUAAUAUAGACACUUGGAAAGUAAUGAAAGCAAAGCUUGAUGAUUUCUUUUUCUACCAUUAUUUGAAUUAAAUAUAAUUGCUAUUCAGCUAUUUGAUACUUUAUUUUUGGUCAAAGCUUAAUAUAUUUACUAGUAAAUUACAAAUGUACAUGUUGAUUCUUAGGAAUUAUAUUAUUACGGCAAUACAUGAGCAAAUUCAGAUGGCUGAUAAA